GAACAGUCCAAUGCUACCAAGAUAUGAAGCACAAAUACCUGUUGCUAUUAUAUCUAAUGAAUUUAAAACCAACAUGAAAGCAGAUCAAUGGUAUAAAAAGGUGUGAAGACAUUAGGUCCCAAACAUUUUGAGGGAAAGAGAACUAAAGUCGUUGUCUGUAUCACAUUAAGAUUAGCAGAUUUACACAUCAGAUUGCUUCAUCAUAUUGAGAUUUUUAUUCCAUCAUGUUUUUAAAAAGAAGUACUUGUUUGCUGUUCUUCCUGUUGUGUUCUCUGACCUUGUGGUGUAAGUCAACCAGCGCGGGCUCCAGCUUCCUCAGCCCUUCACAAAAACCUCAGAACAAAGGGAAGCCUUCCAGAGUCGGCCGCCAAGUCAUGGAGGAGCCUGAGGACAACCACAUCACAAUUAGUGCCCCCUUUGAAAUCGGCUUCACCCUGAGAGAGGAGGACUUUGAGGAGUACGGUGCAGCGCUGCAGGAGAUCAUUCAGCGCCUGCUGGGAAACACAGAGCCUGCAGCAGAGAGACCAUCAUAACUAUGAAGAUCAUGGACAAGAAGUUCAAAUUUGCCAUCUCAGUGCCUUCCUGUUUGAACUUUAUUAGAUAGUGAUCAUUAACCAGUUCACCUGUAGACAUGCUAAUCUCAUUUAUUUUAAAGCAUAAUGUAUUUCUUUUAGCUCUAACAUUGCUAUUUGAAUAGUCUGUACCACUAAAUCUUAGAGAAAUGUCGGAUGUAAGAGUCAUUACAAGUCGGCUGUCACCACAUGACCUUAAUAUGGAGCCUAGCUGGUGAAAAUAUGGUUGAAAAUUGAGUUUAACAAAACAUAAAUGGGGAUAGAAGAUGACUGUGGUUAUAUAUGGAGCCUGAGUUAUUAACCUACUGUUCUUAAAAGGGAACAUCACCUACAUUAUUUUCAUGGCCUAGGAAAGUUCAAUCAAUAUUGAACAUGAGUUAUUGUCUCUCAGAGCCAGAAACCAGAGAGGUAAGUCUCAAACUUGUGAUGUCAUUAAGUAUAAAGUCUGGAGCAGCUCCACAGAUAAUGAAUGAAAGACUGAUUUUAUGGCCCACAGAAUAUUUCUUUCCUUUUUUUAUACCUAUAUGAGCUUUAUUCUAUUGUAGUGUCUCAGUAAUCAAAUGUACCCAUAUCCUCAGAACAUUCCUCUGAGUGGUCUCACUGUUAUCUAAAACAUCUUUUGCAAUUCAUUGUUGAUGGAGUAGCUCCAGACUUAAUAUUACACAUCACAAAUCUGAGUUUUAGCACUCUGGAUUUUAGAUUUGGGAGAGAGCUGAUCAUGUUUACUUAUAUUACUGGAUUGUCUUAAACCACAAGAAUAUGUAUAUGUAUUUUGAAAACAGGCGUAGUUUCCCUUUAAGGUUAAUAUUGAACCUCCUCUCUCAAAAGGGUAAAACUGUAGUCACAUGAACGCCUCUCGUCAAAUGACACUCAGAAGUCUGACAGUUUUAAUCUGUUCGUUUUUAAAACUGUCAGCAGAUGAGUCACUUAUAUGCGUACCUGUGUAAUGAUCUAAUGUUAUUCGGCAGUAAACAGCUAUUCUCUAUUGUUCUUAUUCAUAUUCGUAGAC